AUGCGCUCGCAAAUUCUCAGGGCCGCUCCCAAACCUUCUCAAUGGCAUACCUCUAGACAACAAGCCCGUCCGUACGCCGUACAGGCUCCUGGAGCUCCUGCCAUCGAAGUCUUUGAUCCCCGGACGAAAUGGCUGCACAAGGAGAGAGCAGCGAGAAACGUUGCUCAGAGCCGCCAAGUGGACUAUCUCCGAGAUGAGGUCGCUAUGCGGCUCUGCGAUCGAAUACUGGACAUCAAUCGACCAUUUCCCAAAGUCCUGGAUUUCGGCGCCAACGCGUGCAACAUCGCUCGCGUGCUCACACGUCCAGACCCCGAUCCAGAGUCCGCGAAACCUUCACUCGAGCCCAUAAGCAAGAAGAUAGGCAGUAUAAUUUGCACAGACACGAGCCCGUCGCUGCUGUACAGAGAUCAGGAUGAGCCGUUCAAUAAGGACAUAGACAUUACUCGAGAAGUGCUACAAAGCCCGGAAUAUCUGCCCUAUGAAGCCAAUACGUUCGACAUGGUUCUCUCCUCUAUGUCAUUACACUGGAUCAAUGACCUUCCCUCCGUCCUGAUGCAGAUCAACAACUGCUUGAAGCCGGAUGCUCCGUUCGUGGCUGCUAUGAGUGGCGGCGACAGUCUGUACGAGCUGCGUGGUUCUCUACAGCUGGCUGAGCAGGAGCGACUUGGUGGCGUUGGGACACAUAUCUCCCCACUCGCUGACGUGCGAGAUGUUGGGAAUCUGCUCACACGCGCGGGCUUCAAGCUUUUGACGGUCGACGUUGACGACAUCAUCGUUGACUAUCCGAACCAUUUCGCACUGAUGUCUGAUCUUCAGGCCAUGGGCGAGGCCAACGCUGCCCUGAGGCGAGACCCUGGCGGCAUCAGUAGGGACGUGCUUCUGGCUACCGAGGCGAUUUACAGAGAAAUGUACGGCGAACAGCAGGAGGACGGCACUGUCACCGUACCGGCAACCUUCCGAACAAUCUACAUGAUCGGUUGGAAAGAAGGCGGAGCGCAGCCAAAGCCGUUGGAGCGCGGAAGUGGAGAUUUGAAUCUCAAAGACGUCUUUGGCGGUGGUGGGGGUCAGUAG